AUGGCUCUUGUUCCAGGUAAAGCUCCAAUAAAAUUUGGCCAGAUUCCCGCACACUUAGCCUUACCAAUGCUUCUAAUGCGUCAAAAUAUGGAAAACUCGAUGCUAUCCGCUACUCACAUCAAACCUGAACCGGAGUCCCCCAAGGUAUUCUGUCCUAACUGCGGCCGAGCUUAUAAACUGAAGAGCUCCUUAAGGAAUCACAUGAAAUGGGAAUGUGGAAAAGAACCACAGUUCAAUUGUCCAUAUUGUUCGUACAAGGCCAAGCAAAAGAUGCACAUCACUAGACAUAUCGAAAGAAUGCACAAGGUCAUAGAUUUUUCGGUGGUCAAACAUGAGAUGCAGGAGAAUGUCAAACCGAAUUCAAACAUUCCUGAAGAUUUAGACGUCAAGAAGGAAGUACCGGAUAAAAAAGACAUACCAGAUUCGUAGAUGCUGUGAAUUAGGAUAUGUGAUAUAAUGGUUAAUGAAAGCGAUCUAUACAUGAAGUUCUUGCUUAUUCCGCUUUUAUGUAGGAAAUUAAACGUCAGCUUCGAAUGGGUGUACUAUAUUCCUAUCGCUGUGUUGUGUGAUUUCAAGAUUUUGAUGUGAUGUGCUGAAACAUAUUCAGUCUAAAUCGCUGUAGUAAAACGCAUAACAAAAUUUCGUUGAAAAAUUUGGUAUGAACUUCAUGUGAAGUUUGCCGAUACUAUUCCUAGUUGCUAUUUUAUAAUAUUUUUCUACUAACGCUUUUUAUAAUAGAGACCUAUCGACUAUUUGAUUUCCAUGAUGUUUGAGGUGUAGAGCUCAAUCCUAUAACAAGUUAUGAAAUGACAUAUUUCUGGAAUGCCGAUAUCAUAAAAUGGAUUUAAUCCUGAAAAUCGCGCUUGCAGACUGAUAUGCGUCAAAAAUCAUUUUUGUCGAUGCUUUAAAGCAACUAAAAAUACCAUGUUUAAGUAACUAAUUACAUGGGGGUGUCUAGGGGUUCACUACUUGACUUGAUUUUCAAGCUACUUGACUUGAAAUCAAGUCAAGCUCAAGUCAAGUAUUAGAUAUUGACAAUGUAAAUUAAGUCAAUUAAUUUUGAUAUUACUUGAUAAUUUUGGUAAUAUAAAUACGAGUAUAUUAUAAAUACACAACGAAAUGAUUUUGUUACAGAC